AUCGAUAACACAACAUAUGUUCUGGGCACAGGGUGUUCAGAGCAGUUCAAGAAAGAAUUAAAUCUCGGAUGUAAACAAACUAUUAAUCAGAUCUAAGAAAUAUCUAUUUAAUCUAAUGUGCAACAAAUAAGACCAACAAUGAAGAAACGGUGUCGCGUUUGCAUGCUGAAUUCCCAAGAUAUGAUUAAUAUAUUCGAUGGAGCCCCGGAAUCAGAAAUACCUCUAUCGGAUAUUAUUUCUCGCUAUACGAAAAGGGACGUAAAAAAGGGCGACCCAUUUCCUGAGAAAAUUUGCAAAAUGUGCCUGCAGGAUGCGCAGACUUCGUAUAGGAUUGGCCAAACCUUUUUCAGCCAAUUUCCAUCGGAAAGUCAGAUAUUUCCGUGUCAAGUAAAGGAGGAGUUUCUUGAUGAGGAUCCGAAAGAGGAAUGGAGCUUAAACGAGGAGUGGCUGCAAGAGGAAGUAUGCAAACUCUCACCUUCUCAAGACGGGAAAAUUGGAGAGGAAAACACACAUUAUUUAGAUCCCCAAGUGAUGAAUGAUCCAUUUGAUUCUAAUUUAAAUGAAUGUAGCCAACCCACUAUUGGCGACCAAAAUUCCAAAGAUAAAAAUAGUAAUAGUACCGAUGGUGUUCGCUUAAAGAAGUCGGACAAGUGUCCCUACUGCGAAAAGUCCUUUUGCACACCAUCAUAUCUUAGGCAGCACAUCCGUUUCCACACGGAUGGACGACCAUUUAAGUGCGGCCUCUGCCCAAAUUCCUAUCGACUAAAAUCCCAUCUCGUUCGCCACAUUUUGGGCCACUCGGGUGCCCGACCAUUUAAGUGCUCCAUCUGCGAGAACUCCUUUCGGCUUAAGUCCCAUCUGAAAUGGCACACGUUGAGCCACAAGGGGGAACGACCGUCUCGGUGUGAUCAAUGCGAUAAGACUUUUCCGACUAAACGCAUGCUAGACGCACACUCAAAGAUUCACAUGGGAGAAAAAUCAUACCAGUGUUCCAUUUGCGAGGCAUGUUUUUCGGAUUCAUCAGACCUUGACCAACACAAAAGGAUUCACACAGCGGAACAACCGUUUAAAAACCAAAGACAUGUGCUGGAGGAGGGCCUUGAUGAGGAGGUUCCUGAGGAAGCCAAAGUGAUGAACGAACCCAUCAAAGACGAUUUCCAAGAGGAAGUCAAUCCUAUAUUGGAAAUUGCAGGUGAUCAACUCGACAAACAAGUCAAUGACGAUGACAUUGAAAUAGAAGUGAAAAACGAGCCCAUUGAAGAUGAUUUUCAAGGGGAAGUCAGUCCCUUAUCCAAUGAAAAAUUAAAAGACGAUGAAAUUGCGAAGGCCCGUCUUAAUUGGAAAAAUUCGUACAAGUGUUCCUACUGCCAAAUAACUUUUCGGAGCCGCUCUGCUAUGAUGAGGCACUUCCUCAUGCACACGGGGGAAAGACCAUUUAAGUGCAGCAAAUGCUCAAAUUCCUAUAAAGCAAGGGACACCUUAUUGAAGCACAUAAAGACACACGGAGAGAUGCCGUUCAAUUGCCCUCAUUGCUCCAUGGGCUUCGUGCGACAAUCGAGUUGGCUGAACCACCUUAGCACUCACACAGAACGGCCGUUCAAGUGUCCCUAUUGUCACAUGGGCUUCAUGCAGGAAGCCCCUCUAAAGAAACACCUUAGCACUCACUCAGAAGAACGACCCCACAAGUGCCCCCAUUGCUCCAUGGGCUUCGUGCAUGGAACCACUCUGAGGAAACACCUUAGCAUUCACACAGGGGAACGGCCGUUCAAGUGCUCCCUCUGUCCGAAAACAUUUCGGCUUAAUGAACAUCUUAAGCGCCACACUAGGACCCACACGGGAGAACGGCCCUAUCCAUGUGAUCAUUGCGAAAAGUCCUUUGCGGACAAGCCUACUCUUAGGGUCCACAAACGACUUCACACGGGCGAGCGACCCUAUGAAUGCCCCGAUUGUCAGGCAACUUAUGGGGACAAUGGAAGUCUUAGGAAACACAGAAUGCUUUACACGGAAGAUAGACCAUUUAAAUGUAAUACUUGCGACAAGACCUUUAAGUCUAAUGCCUGUAUGAGUAAUCAUAUCAAAACUCACUCUGCAGAAAAGACGUAGUGUUCAAAUAUUAGCUUAAAUCUAACUAAAAUUAAUUUAUAAAUACAAAAUUGUUUUUGUACAAUGCUAAGAAUGACAAUGCUAAGAAUGAUACUUUAUUAUUUUGUCUAUACUUGACAAUAUUCAUAAUCAUUACAAUUGAACAUGGCACAUAAAUAUUAUAAUCCACCAGAAAUUAAAAAAAAACUU